GCACUCGAUCCGGAUGAUCUCAACCUCUACCCAAUGCACAUCACCAACCUCAAUAUCUCAUCUCACGCACUUGCAUCCGCAAUCGAAGACGCCGCCGCCGCAAAUGCAUCAUACACACGAUAGGAACCACUCGAAGUAAACAUCUGGCACAGCGGGCUCAAGAUCUUCAACCCAGCUUUUGUUAAUACAGAAUGUAUCGUUGGCACAGAGGUGUAUGUCUGUCAUCGAUUUUUUUUGUGGUACUUUUCAUUUCAAGCGUCCAACGUCUCCCAGAAGUGAUUCUUGCUGACCUCGCCCUCACGUUUCGCAUUUCGGUCACGGGACCUGCGGUUGUGUACGCACGCGUCAAGAUCUUGAACGUGUACGUGACGAUCCCGUCGUACAGCUUCAACGCGCGUUUCCACCCUCCUGGCUUGACGAACACCGCCACUGGCUUCCCCGAUUUUACGAAAUGCACAGACAGGAUGUUCAGGUACCACGACCACAAAUUUGAAUGACAGUCGAGGAGUUCCAGUAGUGGUGUGCUGGCAUUGAGCAGGAAUGGGCAUAUGACGUGGAUACGACGAUUAUUGGCUGUGCACAGGAGAAAGAUAAGUGGAGCGGAGAUGAAGAGCUAGGCGGUGCGAGCCAGGUUGCUGUAUUUAAGCGUCUUGAAGGCGAGGCUUGGACUACGACGCGCGAAGAAAAGAGUACCCAGAUGAAAGAAAGGUCAAAAAGCCAAAAGGAGCAUCGUCUAUUGAAAACACACCGCUACGAUGCGCUCACUUGCCUUGAGCUUUAAGUGUCGCUUAUAUUUUUACUCUCAUGCCCAGUUA